AUGGGAGUUCCUGGGCGGUUGUUUUUGCUCAUACUUUUGCAUAUAUUUACAGGAAGCAGUUCAGGGACGCUUGUUACCAGCUGUGCUUCAUGUCAUGAUGAAGCCACCUGCUUGCAGUCAAAAGAAAGAGGCGACACUUUCUCCAGCAAGGCCAUCUCUUGUGUCUGUAAGGAAGGCUUGGUAGGCGAUGGUCUUACCUGCUACAAUGCCAAACUCUGCAGUGAUUCCUCUUGCUGUCGCCAAGGUUACCACUGGUCACCAGACAGGGGCUGUGUGGAAGACCAAUCUGUAAAGGUCAGCUGUGGAGUUUGCCCUCCGGGUAUGGACUGCUUCAGUGCCAAUGGGACUGCCCGAUGUGUUGAUCCCUCUACAUCAGGUAACAGCACAGCGGUCGAAGGGGAGAUCCGCCUGGCCAAUGGAAACAGCUCCUGCUCUGGCAGAGUGGAGAUCUUCCACAGUGGACGGUGGGGGACGGUGUGUGAUGAUUCCUGGGACCUGUUUGAUGCUCAGGUGGUGUGCAGACAGCUGGGCUGUGGCAGGGCGCUCUCAGCACCAAUACAUGCACAUUUUGGACAGGGCACAGGGCCCAUCUGGAUGGACGAUGUCGUGUGCAGCGGCGACGAAUCAAAUCUUUCUGAGUGUCGUCACCAAGGGUUAGGAUCUCACAACUGUGGGCACCAUGAAGACGCUGGUGUUGUUUGUGAAGCUCUUUCACCAGUGAGGCUGGUCAACUCUGACAACCGCUGCUCUGGCAGAGUGGAGGUCUUAGGCAGUGAAUCAAGGCUCUCUGAGUGUCGUCACCAAGGGUUAGGAUCUCACAACUGUGGGCACAAUGAAGACGCUGGUGUUGUUUGUGAAGCUCUUUCACCAGUGAGGCUGGUCAACGCUGACAACCGCUGCUCUGGCAGAGUGGAGGUCUUCCAUGAUGGACAGUGGGGGACAGUGUGUGACAAUUUCUGGGACAUGAAUGAUGCUCAGGUGGUGUGCAGACAGCUGGACUGUGGUGNAGCUCAUGCAGCGCCGCCACAAGCCCAGUUUGGACAGGGCAGUGGACCCAUCUGGUUGGACAAUGUUAGAUGUCUGGGAAAUGAAUCAUCGAUCACAGACUGCAGUCAUCAAGGAUUUGGGGUCCACAACUGUGGUCACAAUGAAGAUGCCAGCGCUGUGUGUAAAUUCCAGCCCUCUUCACAUAAGGCUACUCAGCUUAGUUGCAAAAGUGAUAAAAUCUGGGUAGGACUACAUGUGGACAGCAUGACAGCUGCCGGUUUGAGUCCAUACUCGGGCAACAUGGCUUCCCGUAAUUGCUCCUGGCUCUUCGUGCAUGAUGAUGUGGUUUGGUACGAAGUGGAUGCACGGGCAGGUGCCUGCGGAAAUGAACUGAGGACCAACAGGACACAUGCCAUCUACUCCAAUGCUUUGUUUAUCUACCCAUUGAAUGAAUCCUUCACUGUUCCUGUGACUCUUCCCUUCUCCUGUGCUUAUCCUCUGGACACAGACAGCUCCCUGUAUAUGACUAUUAGGCCUUUCCUGCCGUUGGAAGGUGGUAUUUCAGGCGAAGGUCCAAAACCCAGAGCCUACAUGUAUCUGUAUCGUGACUCCAACUUCACCAACCGUUAUCCAGGAACCCAGGUCAGGCUCCCGAUGGGCUUGCCGCUGUACGUGGGCGUCAGUGUUCCAAACGUAGACCCGAGCUUUGGGCUUGUUCUGGAGGACUGUGUCGCCACUCACUCAACAAACCCCAAUGAUACCACACGAUACCCCCUCAUCCAGAACCAGUGUCCUGCCGCUGGCCAACUGGUGUCAGUGAUUGAAAGCGGCUCGUCCCUCCAUGCUCGUUUCUCUGCUGUGCUGUUCCUCCUGCAGGGUAAUUAUCGAGAUAUUUACCUGCACUGCAACCUGAGCCUUUGUGACCGGAGAAGUUUCAACUGUAUCCCACAUUGCAGAAGUAGGACAUCUCGCUCUGUUUCCAACUCUGCUCCUAUGGAGCCCAUCACCAUUGGGCCAAUCACUUGGGACAAACCAGCUCAGUGACUUGGUAACCUAAAAUGAUAAUAUAAAUCCAUUCCUUAUUUUUGAUAUUAAGUUGAUCUUAUUCACAUUCCAUGAAAUAAUCAAAUUUGGAUUAAGUUGUACAUUUAAUUCUUACCAGACUUUGUCUCUUUCUUCAAUUGUACUAAUAAUAUGAAUAAUAUGAAGUCACUCCAUACUUUGGUAGUAAAUUGUGUUUAUUGAAAUGAAAUAUUAAAAUGGUUUUAUUAAACUAUGUUUAAAAAAUUGGCUACAUUGUGCGCUUAAAUCUCAUCGGACUUUGUAUCAUUCUUCAAUUGUACUUCUCUUGCAAAUACCAAUCAAAAAUAAAAUAUUGAAGUUGUCGCAAAAA